AUAACAUUUAUUCGUCAACCUUGACAAGACUUUGAUUUUAUCAAUACUUAUAUCAUGAAACUUGAAUUUAAAAGACGAGUAUCAAAAAAGCAGCAAAGAAAGAGUCAACAGGGUGUUGACGAAUUCGAAUCCAGUUUGCGUGAGGAUAUGGAUGAUUAUGGUGUGCGUGCUGCUUUGAAACCUGAAGACCAACUUCAGUUGUCUGAGCAGGAGCUGAAGGAAGAGAUUACUAGGGUUCUGACCUCCACCAAUCCUCAUGCCCCUCAAAACAUUGUGAGGUAUAAUUUUAAAGAUGGUCAGUACAUACAAGUACCUCAAGUGGAUCAAAUGGCUAUCCACUUUUGGCAUGAAAGUUACAUGCUUCCCCUUGAUUCCGAUGAAGCCAGAAGACAAAUAGCUAGAGAUGGUAUUAUGCAGCCUGAAGAGUUACAGGCGGAAGAACUUAACAAAGAGCCUGCAGCUGCUGUGAGAGAGAGUGAUAUUCAAUUACCUCAAAAGAAAGUCACUAACCAGUUCAACUUUUGUGAGAGGUCUACCCAAACAUAUAAUAACCCUCAGCGGGAUAGGGGAAGCGUUACAGAGCCCCCUCCAAGGGCGAACUUUUCAGCUAACGUUACACAGUGGAGCAUUUAUGACGACUACAUAGAAGAUUUUGAUAGACAGCAGGAGAAAAACAAAGAUAAGAAGUUGUUAGGUGUGAGUCACAAGCAGGAAAAUAAAGCGCACAAAAAGGUUAUCCUUGGAGAUACACAGGGAGAUGAAUUAAGUCGGUUUGCACAACCCCUUAAAAUCGUUGAACGCAUGAUCAACCAGAACACACAUGACGAGAUCGCUCAGGAUUUUAAGUACUAUGAAGACCCUUCAGACGAGUUUAGAGACAACCAGGGUACCUUAUUACCCCUGUGGUCAUUUUCUUUUGAAAAAGCAAGAAAACUUGCUGUAACGUCGUUGUGCUGGUCAUCCCAAUACAGUGAUCUUUUUGCAGUUGGUCAUGGGUCAUAUGAUUUUUUGAAACAGUCCAACGGCCUUAUUUGUGCAUAUACACUAAAAAAUCCAAGUUACCCAGAAUAUUACCUUGAGACAGAAUCAGGUGUACUCUCAUUGGACUUACAUCCAUCACUGCCCUAUAUGCUUUGUGUUGGAUUUUAUGAUGGAGCAGUUGGAGUUUAUAGUAUUUUACAACAUAAAAAUGGACCAUUAUAUUUAAGUACAGCAAGAACUGGUAAACAUACAGAUCCUGUAUGGGAAGUUCGCUGGCAACCGAAUGAUUCAGAUGCAAAUUUAAAUUUCUUUUCUGUUAGUGCAGAUGGGCGAGUUACAUCAUGGACACUGAUUAAAAAUGAUAUAGGUAAAUUUGAUGCAGUGAUAUUAAAGAUGAUAGCGAAUUCUAAAGAAAGCAUCGAACAAUCUCGAUUAAUUACUCUAGAUUGUGGUACAGCAUUCGAUUUUCAUCGUACUCAAAAUCAUAUAUUCCUUGUAGCAACAGAAGAGGGAAUGGUGUUUAAAUGUAGCAAGGCAUAUACAUCUCAAUAUCUAGCCACUUAUGAAGCUCAUCAUAUGGCUGUUUAUCGUGUAGCUUGGAAUUUAUUUCAUCCUGAUAUAUUUAUUACAUGUUCAGCCGAUUGGACAGUUAAAAUAUGGGAUCAUACAAAAAGUACUCCAAUGUUUACCUUUGAUUUAGGCUCACCAGUAGGUGAUGUUGCAUGGGCACCUUAUUCAUCUACUGUAUUUGCAGCAGUUACAGCUGAUGGGCGUGUACAUGUUUAUGAUAUUUCAAUUAACAAAUAUGAACCAUUAUGUAAUCAAUUAGUGGUAACAAAAAAGAAUACAAAAUUGACGCAUAUUGCAUUUAAUUCAAAAUAUAAUAUAAUUAUUGUUGGUGAUGAUCAUGGUCAAGUGAAUAGCUUGAAGCUGUCACCAAAUCUACGCAAAUUACCAAAGGAAAAGAAAGGUGCUGAACAAGUUAAAGGACCAGAAGUUGAAAUUAAAAAGUUGGAUAAAAUCUUAUCUUUGGCUGGCUGAAAUAGCCAAUAAAGAAUAAUAAUAAGUGAAUGGAAAAAAAACCCAAUAUUUCUCACGUAACAAAUUGAAUUCAUAAACUUAGUGGAAAAUAAUAGUCUGAAUUGUUUACUGAUAUAUCAUAAAUUUGCUUUGUACACAGAACUUCAGUUGAUUUAUUUAUGUUACACUUCAAUGGCGGGCGAACAUAGCUUGCAGAAUAUCGAUUUGCUAAAUAUUCACGUUGUAAUAAGUCUAUACAUGAAGCAUUGAAUGACUUUGGUACAAAUCUACAAUAAAUUAAUUUUUAUCAAGGAACUAAGAAGAAAUUCAUAGUUCAGUGAGUUCUGCUGAUUCCUAGUAAAUAUGUAAUCUCAAGUGAAAUGUAGCAUAGUGUCACAUCGUUUAAUCGUAUAUAACACGCUGUUUCCUAAUUAGUUGACUUCGAUGAUCACUUAAAGCUGAAGCAUCCAAUAACUGACUUGUACUGGUUUCUCGUUAGCAAAUCAAACCGACAAAGAUACAAACAAAGGAUAAGUAUACAUUGGCGGAAAACGACAUCUACAUUAACACUUUAAAACAGUUGACGUGGUUUAAAUCCACGACUAUGAAAAUCUCCAGUAAGUAAUCUUUGGAAAACCAGAGACCUGAGUUUAGAUAAUGUAGAAUAUUAGUUCUUAAAGUCAAAAAUUUCGAAGGAAAAGGCAUGUAGAACUCAAAUCGAAUAUAGCUGUUGGUUAAUCAAAACUCAGCAAACAAGAUGAUGUUAAAACAUUAACUAGUAUCCUAAUAUUCAUCGGGUUAUAGCGACUCACGUGCAAUUGAGUUUAGUUCAGUCAAGGUCUUUUGUUGACCUAUUUAAUGGACAAAGUCAUCCAUGAUAUAACAACUUGUUGUACUAUCUUUAUUAUUAUGCUUGUAUGAAACACAUACGCUUGAACAUUGUUUAGCGCCUACGCAUGUAUUCAUUCUGCUAGCUUCAUUAUUAACUGCUUAAUCUAUUCGCUGACUCAUCCAUU